AUGGCGGUGUAUUAUAAAUUUAAAAGUGCAAGAGAUUAUGAUUCAAUUCCCAUGGAUGGUCCUUUCAUAUCUGUUGGUACUUUGAAAGAAAAAAUAUUUGAAUCCAAGCAUUUAGGGAGAGGUACAGAUUUUGAUCUUCUGGUCACCAACGCCCAAACCAAUGAAGAAUAUCUUGAUGAAGAAACGCUGGUUCCUAAAAAUACGUCAGUGUUAAUUCGUCGUGUACCAGGACGGCCACGUUUACCAAUUGUUACUGAACUACAACAAAAUGUGGAAAAUAAGGUGGUGGAGACUGAUCCUCCGAACAGUAGCUUAGCAGCUGAUGAUAUGUCUGCCAUGAAAUAUCCUGAAGAUUCAGAUUGGGAUGAAUUUGGUAAUGAUUUGUAUUCAAUACCCGAUCAACAUCCAGUUCAAUCGGUCAACUUGAUUCCAGAGGCUCCUCCAACAAGCAAAGUCGAUGAAGAAAGUAAGCUUAAGGCACUGAUUGAUACUCCAGCGUUGGAUUGGCAACAUCAAAGUUCAGACUUUGGCCCUGGUAGAGGUUUUGGAAGGGGCAUGGGUGGACGAAUGGGCGGUGGGCGCGGUUUUGGGUUGGAGCGGAAAACACCUCCACAAGGCUAUGUAUGUCACAGAUGCAAGAUGCCUGGACAUUUCAUUCAACACUGCCCAACAAAUGGUGAUCCAAAUUAUGACAUAAAGAGAGUCAAGCAACCUACUGGUAUUCCUAGAUCUAUGCUGAUGGUAAAUCCACAAGGUUCCUAUGCUUUACCAAAUGGUUCAGUAGCUGUUUUGAAGCCAAAUGAGGCUGCUUUUGAGAAAGAAAUAGAAGGGAUGCCAUCUACACGUUCUGUUGGGGAUCUACCACCUGAGCUCCACUGUCCCUUGUGCAGCAAUGUUAUGAAAGAUGCUGUGUUGACAAGCAAGUGUUGUUUUAAAAGUUUCUGUGACAAAUGUAUUAGAGACUACAUUAUCUCCAAAUCCAUCUGCGUAUGUGGUGCAACAAAUAUUCUUGCAGAUGAUCUUUUACCGAAUAAGACACUAAGGGAUACCAUCAAUCGCAUAUUGGAGUCAGGCAAUAGCAGUACUGAAAAUGCUGGGAGUACUUUUCAAGUUCAAGAUAUGGAAUCUGCUCGCUGUCCACAGCCAAAGAAUCCCUCUCCAACGUCAUCUGCUGCCUCCAAGGGAGAACUGAAGAUUUCACUUGUUAAUGAUGGAACAGCAAAUAUACGGGACACAACUGGUGAAAUAAAAGCCAUUUCUGCUCCACAGCAGACAUCAGAGCAUGUAAAGAUCCCUAGAGUCAAUGAUGUAUCUGAAGCUACUCAUGAAUCAAUGAGUGUGAAGGAACCAGUGUCACAAGGGAGUGCCCAGGUGGUCGAGGAGGAAGUGCAGCAAAAGUUGGUUUCUUCUGAGGCAGCAAAGAAAAAGAAAAAGAAGAAAGUCCGGAUGCCCACAAAUGAUUUUCAGUGGAAACCCCCACAUGAUCUUGGGGCUGAGAACUAUAUGAUGCCAAUGGGCCCACCUCCUGGUUAUAACCCUUACUGGAAUGGUAUCCAGCCUGGUAUGGAUGGAUUUAUGGCACCAUAUGCUGCUGCUGGUCCAAUGCAUAUGAUGGGUUACGGGCUAGGCCCCUAUGACAUGCCAUUUCCAAAUGGUAUGGCACAUGACCCAUUUGCAAAUGGUAUGGCUCAUGACCCAUUUGCAAAUGGUAUGACUCAUGAUCCAUUUGCAAAUGGUAUGGCUCAUGACCCAUUUGGCAUGCAUGGUUACAUGAUGCCUCCUAUUCCUCCUCCACCUCAUAGGGAUCUUGCCGAGUUCAGUAUGGGGAUGAAUGGUCCACCUCCAGCUAUGAGUAGAGAGGAAUUUGAAGCUCGGAAUGCCAAUUUGAGGAGGAAGCGUGAAAAUGAGAGGCGGGGGGAAAGAGACUUCUCCAAAGAUCGAGAGUUUGGUAGGGAAGCGAGCAGUUUUGGGGAUGUUUCUUCAAUAAAAUCAAAAACUAAACCUAUCCCACCGUCUUCGGUUAGUGAUUAUCAUCAACACCGACACCGUUCAGAACGGCUUUCGCCAGAUCGAACACACCGUGAAAUUGAACCGCCACGUCCAAUUAAAAGAAAAUCAGAUCACCACUCAGAACGCGAACGUGAUGAUAGGGAUCGCGACUACGAGCACGACCGUCACCAGCACCGCCGUCAUCACCGAACAGAAUCCUCAUCUAGGAAAUCAUUAGAGCCAGUUGCCAAAUCCUCAUCCAGGAAAUCAUCGGAACCAGUUGGCAAAUCUACAUCUCGAAAGUCACCAGAGCCAGUGGCAAAAUCCUCAUCAAAUGCUUCUCAAACUAUGACGGCAGCAGCCGCAGCCGCGGAUCGCAAGCAUAAGGCCAGCGUCUUCACACGGAUAAGUUUCCCUUCAGAGGAAGAAGCCGCUGCGAAGAAGAGAAAAGUCAGCGCUACUUCAGUGACAGAAUCUUCCCCCACGACUGCCAGUGCAUCCGCUGUACCUCCCAAUAGCUAUUACGAAGGGAAGAAGAGUAACACUGACAUGGAUGAUUAUGAAUCUAGCGACGAUGAACGGCAUUUCAAACGAAGGCCGUCAAGGUACGAGCCUUCUCCUCCGCCGCAGGCUACGGAUUGGAAGGAGGAAGGAAGACACUCUAGAGGAACGAGAGAUCGGAAGUAUCGUUAG